AUGUCAAACACGGGAUUGCGGCGUACGGAGACAAAUGCAACUCCAUCUUCCUCCUUCUGCUCGCUCCUACCUGAAACCAUUGAGGAAGUUCCACACGUAAUAGGAUGGAGAGGUCAUCCACUCUCCUCGUCCACUCUGACAAGGGCACCCCAAAAAUGGCAAACGAGAUCAAGCUGGCACUUGAGGGAAACGACGUUGCCACCAGAUCGAUGCCAUGAAAGGGCUAUCAUGCUUCUUCUUAACAACAAGGGCCUUCUGCAGCUUUUCAUCACAAUCGUUUGUUAUUUACUUUCUUUUGAGAACCACACGAUCCAGAAACUCCUUGAACUCCAGAUAAUCAACAAAACUGACACCAACGGCUGCGCCCUACCAGAGACUAUCCUCAUCUGUCAGAACCUGUGGAACAACUUGCAACAUCCUAACGAGUACAUCAGAGGCACCACAUGA